AAAGCUAUGCAGCGUAGCAACUCCAAGAGUGGAGUUGUCCUGGCUCCAGUGUCCAGAGGUCCAGAUGUUGGUCAGAUGCUAAGUAGAGCUCAGCAUGGCCAAGAACUGCCACAAAGAACAGUACUAGGCGUACUAACUGAGAAUGGGCAGUAUAGGAGAACCUAUGGCCAGGGAAUCGCAACAAUCAGGUGUUUCUCUGGACCAGAAAAUAUCUUCCCUCCAGCUAACAAGAAGAUGCUCUCUGACUGUGUGGUCCAUGUGCCAGCCAAGCGGGGAUUUGACAUUUAUAUGGAUGAGUCUGAACAGGUGGAAAGAGGCAACUGCAUAAGGAAAGAAGGGAUGGCCUUUGAGGAUGUGUAUGAAGUAGACACAAAUACACUCAAGUCAGAUCUCCACUUCUUGUUGGAUUUUAGCACAGUUUCCCCUAUGCUGGUAGAUUCAUUGCUCCAUUCCCAGUGUGAAUAUGCAUCAGAUAUUGGUACAAAUAUAAUAAAUGUGACUGAAUAUGCUGAAGAAAUUCAUCAGUACCUUCGAGAGGCUGAAGUAAGAUACAUGCCUAAAUUACACUAUAUGCAGAAACAACCAGACAUCACAGAAGGCAUGAGAACAAUCCUAGUGGAUUGGCUAGUUGAAGUGGGUGAAGAGUAUAAACUUCAAGCUGAGACCCUUUACCUCGCUGUGAACUUUCUGGACAGGUUUCUUUCAUGCAUGUCUGUUUUGAGAGGGAAAUUGCAACUUGUAGGAACUGCAGCUAUCCUUCUGGCAUCGAAAUAUGAAGAGAUAUAUCCACCCGAAGUAGAUGAAUUUGUCUACAUCACUAAAGAUACUUACACAAAACGACAACUGUUAAGAAUGGAACAACUGCUUUUGAAAGUUUUAACUUUUGAUCUGACAGUACCAACCAUCAAUCAAUUUCUUCUUCAGUACUUAAGGAAGCAAGGAGUGUGUGUCAGAACUGAGAAUAUGGCCAAGUAUGUUGCAGAAUUGAGUCUACUUGAAGCUGAUCCAUUCUUGAAAUACCUUCCUUCAUUGACAGCUGCAGCAGCAUAUUGCCUGGCCAAUUAUACUGUGAACAAACACUUCUGGCCGGAACCCCUUGCUGCAUUUACUGGCUAUACAUUAAAAGAAAUUGCACCUUGCCUGAGUGAUUUACAUAAAGCAUGCCUUGAUAACCCACACCGGCCUCAGAAAGCAAUUAGGGAGAAAUAUAAAUCUUCAAAGUACAUGCAUGUGUCUCUCAUGGAACCACCUGCCAUUCUUCCUCUACAAUAA